AUGGCCGAAUAUGAAGCCAUCAUAUUGGGUUUGCAUGCCACUCUCGACAACGGCUUCACGAGAUUAGAGGUCUAUGGCGACUCAACUUUGAAUUCCUCCCCUUACAGACCUAAAAUGAAUGGGGUGGUUGAAGCAGCCAAUAAGAACAUAAAGAAGAUUGUUCAAAAGAUGGUCGUCACUUGCAAGGAUUGGCAUGAGAUGUUACCUUUUGCCUUGCAUGGGUAUAGAACAUCCGUCCGUACAUUGAUUGUUGUUACACCUUUCUCUUUAGUAUAUGGUAUGGAGGUAGUCCUACUUGUAGAAGCGAAAAUUCCUUCUUUAAGACUGCUCAUGGAGGCAAAACUCCCCGAGGCUGAAUGGGUACAAAGUAGAUUUGAUCAGCUAAACCUCAUAAAAGAGAAGAGACUGGAUUCUAUCUGUCAUAGGCAGACUUAUCAAAGGAGGAUCAAAAAGGCUUUUAAUAAGAAGGUUCAUCAUCGACACUUCUAA